GUCAAAGCAUUAGUGAAUAAGGAUUAUCACAGCUUGCAGUCAUGCCGGGAUCAACCCUCGACACUGGUAGUGCCAUCCCGCAGAAGGACUCCAUCGUAGACGUGGCCAAAGUUGCAAUCCGAGAGUUCCUGCACAGAAUGGAUGUCGCACUCCCCAAAUUCUCGCGCGACGUGGAGCUCGAGGCCAGAGUGAAGGCGAUUACCCGCACCUGGCCUUUCGAGCAAAGUAUCCGGCGGCACAUUGUGACGGGCCUCGUCAUCACCGAGGCGAGCUAUCCACACGUGUCGGACAUCGAAGCCAGGGUAGCCAUAGUGAUCUACACAGCGCUCUUCAUCGCGCUAGAUACCCCAGAGCUAUUCGACGCUGUGGGUGCGCAAGACUUCCACCGGCGGAUAUGCGACGGGUCCCUGCGAGACGACCGGGGGCUACUCGGCGAAGCCGCGAAAGUCAUCAUCGACAUGGACAAGUUCUACUCCAGCUUCUGCGCGAGUAGUAUUCUUUCGGCCACGCUGCGCUACUUGAAUGGGGAACUGAUCGGUAAUCCGGAGAGCAAGAUGUUUGUGGAGCCAAUCUCGAAGGCAUUUGUGGAUUUCUCUCGUAGCAUGACCGGCACUUCGGAGGCGUACGCGGCAUUCAUAUGGAGCAAGGGAGACUUUCCGAACGAUAACUCGUACAUCCAAGUCUUCCCGGACGUAUGCUUGUACAUCAUCCACGGAAAUGACAUCUUAUCCUUCUACAAGGAGGAGCAGGACGGCGAGGUCACGUCUUACAUUCACGCUCGGGCGCACGUAACGGGCAAAUCCACCCCUGCCACGCUGCGCGAAGUCAUCGACGAGGUCGUAGCUGCUGCGGAGCGCAUCCGUCGCACGCUCGGUGAAGGACCAGCGAGGGAGGCUUGGGACAGUUUUGAGCGGGGAUACAUCGGGUUCCAUGCAGGCGAUCCUCGAUACCGGAUGCAGGACAUAAUCGGCGCGCAUUGGGAGUACAUGAUAGAUGCGACGACAUUCUAG